GGCCGCGGGCGGCGGGAACAGAACAGUCUAUGAUAGAUACAGUAAUCCUCGGCAAGUCUUCCUCGUCAAAGGUGCUCGUCUGAAGCAAAGCAAAGUGCGCUCUGAUUUCUCAAUAAACUACCCAUAAAGUGAUUGAUAUUCACACAAACACACACACACACAAUCUCACUGUAGCAGCAAAAGCGUCCCAUUUUCUUCACAACAUCCAAACAAUUACUCACACACUAAAAAGCAAAGCAAACACCAAAAAGCGCUCAUCAGCAAUCAGACAGCAGAUGAAGAUUUUUCAAUUCUCAGAACCCACAUUCUUUUCUUCCUCCCAGAGAAACCAAAAGGAAAAAGAAGGGGGGAAAAAAUAAAGAUUUGCCCCACUUCUUCAUCAAAGUAUCUUCCUUAUGUAUCUUUAUCUUUAUAUAUACAUAUAUAUAUAGUCUGAUAACGAUGUUCAUUUACGCUUUCCCAAGUGAAACUCUGCUGGGAAACCUUCGGAAGGAAAAGGGUUUUGGUGGUUGUGGCGAUUUUUUGUGUUUCAGGGAAACAAGAAAAGGAGGAAAGAUCAGGGUGUGGUGUGGCUGUAGUGGAAGGAGAGUGGUGUUAGCAUGGCGAGUUCGAGUGGGACCAAGGAUGGAGUGGGCCCACCAAGAUCGUUGUCGAGGAGGAUGACGAGGGCGCCGACAAUGUUGGACCCAGCCGACGACAGCGCCGCCGUGGACAGUGAGCUGGUGCCAUCGUCGUUGGCUUCCAUUGCUCCCAUCCUCCGUGUGGCCAAUGAAGUUGAGAAGGAAAACCCGCGGGUUGCUUAUUUAUGUCGCUUCCACGCAUUUGAGAAAGCGCAUCGGAUGGAUCCGACAUCAAGUGGACGGGGUGUUCGGCAGUUUAAGACGUAUUUACUACACAGACUUGAAAGGGAAGAAGAAGAAACCAAACCCAUUCUUGCAAAAAAUGAUCCUAGAGAAAUCCAGAAAUAUUAUCAGAUGUUCUAUGAGAAAAACAUCAGAGAGGGGCAAUAUACCAAAAAACCGGAGGAGAUGGCUAAGAUCUAUCAGAUUGCAACUGUGUUGUAUGAUGUGCUGAGGACGGUAGUACCUUCAUCAAAAGUAGAUGAUGAGACGCAAAGAUAUGCCAAAGAUGUUGAGGAGAAAAAGGAACAAUAUGAGCAUUACAACAUUCUCCCCUUAUAUGCCAUUGGUGUUAAACCAGCAAUCAUGGAACUCCCUGAGAUAAAAGCAGCACUUCGAGCUAUUCGUAAUGUAGAUAAUCUUCCCUCAUUUCAUAUGCCUGAAGGAAAGGAGAGACCAGUUAAUGAUAUUCUUGAAUGGCUAGCUUUGCGCUUUGGUUUCCAGAAAGGAAAUGUAGCGAAUCAGCGGGAGCACUUGAUUUUGCUUCUUGCUAAUAUGGAUGUAAGGAAAAAGAAUCUUCAGGAGUAUGAGCAUUUGGAUAGCAAUACUGUUCAGAAACUGAUGGACAAAAUUUUCAAAAAUUAUCAGUCAUGGUGUAAAUACUUGCAUUGUACACCAAAUCUGGAGUGUCCAUGGGGUGAUAGGAGGCAACAGUCGCAGCUUCUUUACAUUGCACUUUAUCUCCUUAUAUGGGGUGAAGCUUCAAACAUUCGAUUUAUGCCAGAGUGCCUAUGCUAUAUUUUUCACCAUAUGGCAAAUGAGAUGUAUGGAACUUUGUUUGGGAAUGUCCAAUAUGUUACUGGAGGUACAUAUCAAACAGAACCACGAGAGGAAUCCUUUCUGAAGGAUGUUGUGACACCAAUUUAUGAGGUUAUGCAAAAGGAAGCCAGAAGAAACAAAAGCGGGAAAGCAAGCCAUUCCGCAUGGAGAAACUAUGAUGAUCUUAAUGAAUACUUUUGGAAUGAGAAGUGUUUUAAGUUGGGGUGGCCUAUGGAUCGGAAAGCUGAUUUUUUCGUGCAUUCAGAUGUCAUAAAGCCAGCAAAUAAGGGAAACAACCAGGCCGUAGGAAACAGAAAACCAAAGACAAAUUUCGUCGAAGUGCGUACGUUUUUGCACCUUUAUAGGGAUUUCGACAGAAUGUGGAUCUUUUUUAUAUUGGCUCUCCAGGCUAUGAUAAUCAUUGCAUGGCAUCAACGUGUGUACCCAAAUGUUCCUUUUGAUGACGAUUUAGUUCGAAGUGUAUUGAGCAUCUUCAUCACAGCUGCCAUUUUGAAUUUUUGCCGAGCUUUCUUGGAUAUAGUUCUAAGUUUUAAUGCCUGGAGGAGCCUGAAGUUUGGCCAGAUACUCCGGUAUCUCCUGAAAUUUGCAGCUGCUGCAUUUUGGCUUGUAGUCAUGCCAGUGACAUAUUCCAGAUCUUUUCAGAAUCCAAGUGGGAUAUUGAGAUUCUUCAAUAGUUUGGGGGCAGAUUGGCAGACACAAUCAUUGUAUAAUUACUUAGUUGCAAUUUAUUUGGUACCUAAUGUAUUAGCUGCCCUGCUAUUUCUGUUCCCUUUCCUGCGGAGAACCAUGGAACGUUCAAAUUGGCGUAUUAUAACCAUUCUAAUGUGGUGGGCUCAGCCAAAGUUGUAUGUUGGAAGAGGAAUGCAUGAAGAUAUGUUCUCCCUUCUAAAGUACACACUCUUUUGGCUUACUCUGCUAAUAAGCAAGCUAGCAUUCAGCUAUUAUGUUGAGAUAUUACCAUUAAUUGACCCAACAAGGUCAAUCAUGAGUCUCACUGUCAGUGGCUAUGAUUGGCAUGAACUCUUUCCACAAGUUCCCCAUAACAUUCCUCUUGUUAUUGCUAUAUGGAGUCCAAUUGUGCUGGUCUAUUUCAUGGAUACACAAAUAUGGUAUGCUAUCUUCUCAACUGUUGUUGGUGGGAUCUAUGGAGCAUUCAGCCACCUUGGAGAGAUAAGAACGCUUGGCAUGUUAAGGGCGAGAUUUGAAUCUGUUCCUUCAGCUUUCAGUAAGCGUCUUGUUCCAUAUUCCAAAGAUGAAAACAGACGGCAUCAGCGGGAUGAUACAUUGGAAAGAAUAAACAUUGCAAAGUUCUCUCAGAUGUGGAAUGAGUUCAUAUUGUCUAUGAGAAAUGAAGAUCUAAUAAACCAUUGGGAGAAAAAUCUGCUUCUUGUGCCAUAUUCAUCAGGUGAUGUCUCUGUUGUCCAGUGGCCUCCUUUCUUACUCGCUAGUAAGAUUCCAAUAGCAUUGGAUAUGGCAAAAGAUUUCAAGGAGAGGGAUGACGCUGAUCUAUUCAGGAAAAUUAAGAAUGAUGAUUUCAUGCAUUUUGCUAUAAUUGAAUGCUAUGAGACACUGAGAGAUGUGCUACUGGGCCUUCUGUUAGAUGAUGGGGACAAGAAAAUUAUUUGGCAAAUAUGCUAUGAAGUGGAGAACAGCAUCCAGCAACGAAGAUUCUUGAGGGAUUUUAAGAUGAGUGGGCUGCCUCUGUUAAGUGAUAAAUUAGACAAAUUUCUUAACCUUCUCAUGGCUGAUUACGAGGAUGCUCAGUUAUAUCGAUCUCAGAUCAUAAACAAACUUCAGGAUAUUAUAGAGAUUAUUAUUCAAGAUGUAAUGACUAAUGGCCAUGAGGUUUUGGAAAAAACCCAUACAUUCCAUCAAGAUGACAAAAGAGAGCAGAAGUUUGAAAGGGUAAACAUUGAUCUCUCACAAAGCAGGUCCUGGAUGGAAAAGGUUGUCCGGCUUCAUUUGCUUUUGACUGUAAAAGAAUCAGCAAUCAAUGUGCCCACAAAUUUAGAAGCUCGUCGGCGCAUUACUUUCUUUGCAAACUCUUUGUUUAUGACCAUGCCUAGUGCUCCCAAAGUUCGGAACAUGAUUUCCUUUAGUGUUUUGACACCAUACUAUAGAGAACCCGUUCUUUAUUCAACGGAGGAGCUUAACAAAGAAAAUGAGGAUGGUAUCACAACCCUAUUCUAUCUUCAGAAGAUAUAUCCUGAUGAAUGGAAAAAUUACGAAGAGCGGAUCCGAGAUCCCAAACUCGGUUAUGCUAACAAAGAUCGGUCAGAAUUAGAUCGCCAAUGGGUGUCUUACAGGGGUCAGACACUUGCUCGGACAGUGAGAGGCAUGAUGUACUACCGGGAGACUUUGGAACUCCAAUGCUUUUUGGAUUUUGCUGAUGAUAAUGCUAUAUUUGGUGGAUAUCGUGCUAUUGACAUAAAUCAUAGAGACUACAGAACUCUCAAGGAACAGGCACAAGCGCUAGCAGAUCUGAAGUUCACUUAUGUUGUGUCCUGUCAGCUUUAUGGUGCUCAGAAGAAGUCUAGUGAUGCGCAAGACAGGAGUUGUUAUGUUAAUAUUCUGAAUCUUAUGUUGACGUAUCCAUCUCUACGUGUUGCUUAUAUCGAUGAAAGGGAGGAGACAGUUAAUGGAAAAGCCGAGAAGGUUUAUUAUUCUGUUUUGGUCAAGGGAGGGGAGAAGUUGGAUGAGGAAAUAUAUCGUAUCAAGCUUCCAGGUCCUCCAACAGAAAUUGGUGAAGGGAAACCUGAGAAUCAAAAUCAUGCUAUCAUUUUCACCCGUGGAGAAGCCUUGCAAACCAUCGACAUGAAUCAGGAUAAUUAUUUUGAGGAAGCUUUCAAGAUGCGCAAUGUCUUGGAGGAAUUUUUAAAAACUCAUCAUGGACAACGAACACCAACAAUAUUGGGACUAAGGGAGCACAUUUUCACAGGAAGUGUUUCUUCACUUGCUUGGUUCAUGUCCAAUCAAGAAACUAGUUUUGUGACAAUUGGACAAAGAAUUUUGGCAAAUCCUUUAAGGGUAAGGUUCCACUACGGCCAUCCUGAUAUUUUUGAUAGACUCUUUCAUUUGACAAGAGGGGGUAUAAGCAAAGCUUCAAAAACAAUCAACUUGAGUGAAGACAUCUUUUCUGGUUACAAUUCAACACUACGAGGGGGCUACGUAACACAUCAUGAAUAUAUCCAAGUAGGCAAGGGAAGAGAUGUUGGUAUGAAUCAGAUAUCUCUCUUUGAGGCAAAGGUUGCAAAUGGCAAUGGAGAACAGACGCUUAGCCGAGAUGUCUAUCGACUUGGACGUCGAUUUGAUUUCUACAGAAUGUUGUCCUUCUACUUCACCACGGUUGGCUUUUACUUCAGUAGCAUGGUUACUGUGCUUACUGUAUACGUGUUCUUGUAUGGACGACUAUACAUGGUCUUGAGUGGGUUGGAAAGACGAAUUCUUGACGAUCCAUCUAUCCGUCAGAGUAGAGCUCUUGAGGAAGCUUUGGCUACCCAGUCAUUCUUUCAACUAGGCUUCUUACUUGUGCUACCCAUGGUGAUGGAGAUUGGCCUCGAAAGAGGAUUCCGCAGUGCUAUCGGUGAUUUUAUUGUUAUGCAGCUCCAAUUGGCAUCUGUGUUCUUUACAUUUCAGCUGGGAACGAAAGCCCAUUACUAUGGUAGAACAAUAUUACACGGAGGUUCCAAAUACCGAGCUACAGGUCGUGGUUUUGUUGUUUUUCAUGCCAAGUUUGCCGAUAAUUACAGAAUGUAUUCUCGUAGUCAUUUUGUAAAAGGGUUAGAGCUUUUCAUGCUGUUGAUUGUUUAUGAGGUCUACGGCCACUCCUACCGUAGUUCGUCACUCUACUUCUUCAUUACUUUUUCAAUGUGGUUCCUCGUCGCUUCCUGGUUAUUUGCUCCUUUUGUUUUCAAUCCAUCUGGAUUCGAGUGGCAAAAAACAGUGGAUGAUUGGUCGGACUGGAAGAGGUGGAUGGGGAACCGUGGCGGCAUUGGGAUUGCACAUGAUAAAAGUUGGGAAUCCUGGUGGAAUGAAGAACAGGAACACUUGAAACAUACAAAUGUAAGGGGUAGAGUGCUGGAAAUUAUCCUUGCAUUUCGCUUUUUCAUCUACCAAUAUGGGAUUGUCUAUCAACUUAAGAUAUCACAUGGCCACAAAGAAAUCCUGGUUUACGGACUGUCUUGGUUUGUUAUGGCAACCGUACUUCUCGUUUUAAAGAUGGUGUCGAUGGGAAGACGAAAAUUCGGUACCGACUUUCAGCUUAUGUUCAGGAUUCUAAAAGCACUGUUGUUCCUCGGAUUUGUAUCAGUCAUGACGGUACUGUUUGUUGUCGGUGGUCUUGCUGUUAGUGAUCUAUUUGCUGCUAUCUUGGCCUUCAUGCCCACCGGAUGGGCCCUUAUUCUGAUUGCACAAGCAUGCAGACCUUGUUUGAAGGGUAUCGGAAUCUGGGAUUCAGUGAUGGAGUUGUCAAGAGCGUACGAAGCCAUAAUGGGACUCAUUGUGUUCAUGCCCAUUGUCGUGUUAUCUUGGUUCCCGUUCGUCUCAGAAUUCCAAACCCGACUGCUCUUUAACCAGGCAUUCAGUAGGGGGCUCCAGAUUUUCCAGAAAUUCACAGUUGUCACCGCCCCAAAAGACCGAUCGAUGUUUAGGUGAAAAUAGUAGAUAGUCACACAAUAUUUAUAGCAGAUUGGCAAGAUUUUUGGUUUUGUACAUGCAGUUCACUUCUUCUAUGUGUAUGCCGGGAGGCCGGAGCUCUGUAGCGUUAAAACCGGCAGCAGCUGGAGCUCUUUUUACACACGGAAUGAUUCUCUUAACAAAAUUA